UUGAGGGCAAACAAACCCAAUCAGUAAAAUGGACCCCAUCAGUUUAUCUAUAAAUAACGUCCCAAACCUCUCCCCUUAAAAUUCAACAACACUCAUCUUUACCAAAAUACAACAACUUUUGUUUUUAUUUCCACGUCUUGAGAUAACAUAAUUUUCGGUUCGUUUUUUCCUAACCGCUAAAAGAUGUCGCUAGCUAUCGCGGAGGUUUACACGGUGAAGAAGUUUCACACAGAGAGUAUGAAGAAACCGGCCAAAGCAACGGUUACCGGCGAGGGAGAUGGAAAGAUCAUCGGAGGUGGGCUCCGGGAGGUAAUGAAAACGCCGGUGAAACAGAAUGGAACUAGAAAUUUCGGACGGUGGUUUGUUGGGAAGCCAAAGAAAAGCUCGGCUAAAGUUUCGGAUCCCACGACGAUUGAGUGAAAGAAGAAAAAACGUGUUCUCUUGUUUUUCUUUUAUUUUUCUUUCUUUCUUUCUUUCUUUCUUUCUUUCUUCAUUUUGUUUUAUUUUCAUGUGUCUUUUUCAUUUUAUUGUGUGAUUGUAAUUUUUUAAAUAGUUUGUAAACUUUGUAAAAUAUAUAUGAACAAGCAACACUAUAGAAUGGAACUUUUGGGAAACGUCCUGAAUUUUCCUCAAUACCAUAG